CAUUAAACUAUACGACGUCGUUGCACUUGAACAAACUUGCGGUGUUUGGUUUCCCCUUUCCGCUCCGGAUUCGCGUCCACUACCUCUGAUCCUAACAUACAAUCUCCGGUGUUGAAUUUGAAUCCAUGCGCAUCGCCUUUCAUUCGCUGAAUAUUCUGCAGAGGAAAUUGAUUUGAAUGAAUAUCAUUAUGCAGGGAAAUCGCUUUUGAGAUUUUGAGUUCUGAUCCAUUUUCUUCUCUUUUUCUGACAAUUUCUCGAGUUACUUAGAAGGAAGGCUCAGGGGUUGCAUAGGGUGUCAUGGACUCUGAGAGGGAAAGUUUUAACCUCUCAGGACCUUUGCAUCUUACUUUUGUCUUAUGGGAUAAUGCAUAUCAUCGAAUGUCAGUUGCUGCUAGUUUGGUCCAAGGUGUUUAUAUUCUAGAAAGGGAUCGGCAAGAAAAGAGAGAAGGUGCGAAUGCUCUUGCACCACCUUGGUGGACAUUCUUCCACUUUCAGCUGCUUCGACCGCUUGUGGAUGAUGUUGAUUCUUCCAUUUUUGGUGCAAUCUACGAGUUCAGGCCUCCAUCUUCUCAGUAUAAUGACACUUUAUAUAGAAGUCCUCGCUAUGUGAUUGCCUUUAGAGGGACUCUAACAAAAUCACACUCAGUUUCUCGUGAUAUUGAGUUGGAUAUCCACUUUAUCAGGCAAGGGCUUCAUCAAACUUCUCGAUCUGAGAUAGCUAUUCAAGCUGUUCGAAACAUGGUAGCAACUGUAGGUGAUUCAAAUGUUUGGUUGGCUGGACACUCCCUAGGAUCAGCAAUGGCAAUGCUUACUGGGAAAACAAUGGCCAAGAAUGGCAUGUUUGUUGAAUCUUUUCUUUUCAACCCACCAUUUGUAUCUGCUCCAAUUGAGAGAAUCAAGGAUGAGAGAUUGAAACAUGGGAUUCGAUUCGCCGGCAGCGUGAUAACAGCAGGACUCACCAUUGCUAUGCAAGCCAAGAAGCCGCAGGAUUUAUCUGUGGAUCCAUUUGCUGCUUUGUCUGCUUGGGUUCCAUGUUUGUUUGUGAAUCCAUCAGAUCAUAUAUGCUCAGAGUACAUUGGAUACUUUGAACAUAGAAGAAAUAUGGAAGACAUUGGAGCAGGAGUUAUUGAAAGGUUAGCAACUCAGAAUUCACUUGGUGGCCUACUGAUGAGUGCAUUUGGGAAGGAAUCUGAACCCCUACACCUGAUUCCUUCAGCUUCUCUCACUGUUAAUCUUACUCCUUCACGUGAUUUUAAAGAAGCCCAUGGGAUUCACCAGUGGUGGAAACCUGACUUGCGCCUGCAAUACAAGCUCCACAAUUACAAAUAGUUGUGUACUUAUUUAUUGUAAUAUAUUGGUGGGGUGGGGCAUUGGUUCUUUUCAUAAAUUGAAUUGAAUUGUAAUAUAUUGAGCAAGGUAAAUUAUGAAUGAUUGAAUUUUGUCAUUUUGUUC